AUGCUAUUCGUGAAGAAAUUUGGGAUGCCAAAAUUUUGCAUUCUAGUUGAUGAAGUUCAAGAUGAGUCGAAGAGAGAGCAAAUGACCAUCAUUUUGAGGUUUGUUGAUAAAGAAGGUUUCAUUAAAGAGCGUUCCUUUCAUGUUGUGCAUGUUGGAGACAUUAUUGCAUUGACUUUAAAUAAUGAGAUAUGUGUUGUCCUUUCUUAUUACAACCUCCACAUUGAAAAUAUUCGAGGUCAAGGAUAUGAUGGGGCUAGUAACAUGCAUUGUGAAUGGAAUGGAUUACAAGCUCUUUUUCUUAAAGAUUGCCCAUAUGCUUAUUAUGUACAUUGCAUGGCUCAUAGGUUACAAUUAGCUCUAGUUACAGCAUCUAGAGAAGUAAAAGAUGUUCAUAAAUUCUUUAAUCAUUUGGUUAAUAUUAUCAAUAUUGUUGUUAAUUCUAGUAAGCGUAAUGAUGAAUUGCAACAUGCUCAAGUAGAACAAGUUGAGAAUAUGAUUGCUUCUAAUGAAAUUGAGACUGGAAGAGGUGUAAACCAGAUUGGUACUUUGCAACAAACUGGAGAUACUAGGUGGGGAUCUCAUUUUCAAUCUAUUUGUCGUUUGAUUAAAAUGUUUGAUACUACUUGCAAAGUUAUCAACACUAUCUUUGAGGAAGAGGCUAACUAUAAACAACGCGGUGAUGCUGAGGGAGCUUAUCAGGUAUUAACAUUAUUUGAAUUUAUUUUAAUCUUGCAUUUGAUGAAAGAGAUCAUGGGAAUUACUAAUAUUCUUUGUCAAGCUUUGCAACAACAUUCUCAAGACCUUUUAAAUGCCAUGCAUUUAGUUUCAACUACAAAAUUACUUAUUCAAAAGUUGAGAGAUGAUGGAUGGGAGCCUUUACUUGCUAGAGUUAUAUCAUUUUGUGAGCAACAUGAACUUGAUAUUCCUGAUAUGAAUGCUCGUUACACUAAAGCUGAAGGUAGAUAUCGUCAUCAAGAUGAAGAUUUAACAAUGAAACAUCAUUUUAGAAUUGGCAUAUUUACAGUUGCAAUAGACUUUCAAUUGCAAGAAUUGAACAGUAGAUUUUGUGAGCUAACAAUAGAACUUGUCAUUCUUAGUUCAGCUUUAAAUCCCAAAUAUGCUUUUAGAUUAUUCAAAAUUGUUGAUAUAUGCAAUUUGAUUAAGAAAUAUUAUCCUCAAGAUUUUACUGAAUAA